AUGUCCUCUCGCCCCUCCGCCUUCGACGCUCUCAUGUCCGGCGCUCGCGCCGCCGCCGCCAAGAAAAAGCCCCAAGCUUCACCCUCCAAGAAGCGAAAAACCCUAGAACCUAACCCUAUUGAAAACCCCCAAUUGCUAUUGAAACCCGAAAAUGGCAGUCCAACCCAAGCCCCAGAAUCCAAGGAAGUCAAAGAAGCUCUAGAAAGUUCUAGUAAUGGCGGCCAGGUGGUUCCCCCCGCGAAAAAAGUGUGCGCGGCGGCAGGUGCUCAGGAGCGGACGGCGGAAUUGAAGAGCCGAAUCGCUCUGUUGAAGAAGAAAGCCGGUGACUUUGACCCGAAAUUGAUGGCGAAUUGGGGCGAGGGCGAGAGGGUUCCGUUCGCGUUUGUUUGUUUGGCUUUUGAUUUGAUUGCUAACGAGACGGGUCGGAUUGCAAUCACGGAUAUAGUGUGUAACCUGUUGAGGACUGUAAUGCACACCACGCCUGAGGAUUUGGUGCCCGUGGUUUAUCUGGCAGCAAAUCGGAUUGCGCCAGCGCAUGAGGGAUUGGAGCUUGGAAUUGGGGAUGCUUCGAUUAUCAAGGCGCUUGCAGAGGCUUGUGGGAGGACUGAAGCACAUGUUAAGAAACAAUACAAGGAAUUGGGAGAUUUGGGUCUUGUUGCAAAAGCAAGCCGUUCAUCUCAAUCUAUGAUGCGCAAGCCUGAUUCGUUAACUGUCACCAAGGUUUUCAGUACAUUUCGUCAACUUGCUAAGGAAUCUGGGAAAGAUAGUCAGGAGAAGAAAAAGAACCAUAUCAAGGCACUUCUUGUUGCUGCCACUGAUUGUGAACCUCAAUAUCUGAUCCGUUUGCUUCAGACAAAGUUGCGAAUUGGGUUGGCAGAGCAGACUCUCUUAGCUGCAUUGGGACAAGCUGCAGUGCAUGCUGAAAAACAUUCUACACCACCUUCUCAUAUUCAGAGUCCUAUAGAAGAGGCUGCAAAGAUUGUUAAGCAAGUGUACUCUCUACUUCCUGAUUACGAUAAAAUCAUCCCUGCCCUUUUAAGUGGUGGUGUGUGGAAUCUUCCGAAGACAUGUAGCUUUACUUUGGGUGUCCCAGUUGGACCUAUGCUAGCAAAGCCAACUAAAGGUGUAUCUGAGAUUGUACAGAAGUUUCAGGAUACAGAAUACACUUGUGAAUACAAGUAUGAUGGAGAACGAGCCCAGAUACAUUUCAUGGAGGAUGGUUCUGUUGAGAUAUACAGUCGAAAUGCUGAACGAAACACUGGAAAGUUCCCUGAUGUUGUUGUUGCAGUGUCGAGGUUAAAGAAGUCAUCUGUAACGUCAUUUGUUUUGGAUUGUGAAUUGGUUGCUUAUGACCGUGUAAAACAGAAAAUUCUUCCUUUCCAGGUACUCAGCACUAGAGCUCGUAAAAAUGUGGCCAUGAGUGAUAUUAAGGUCGAUGUCUGCAUAUUUGCUUUUGACAUGUUGUAUCUUAAUGGACGACCACUAAUUCAGGAACAACUGAAAGUUCGUAGAGAGAGUCUUUAUGACUCUUUUGUGGAAGAAGCUGGAUUUUUUCAGUUUGCCACAGCAAUAACAUCAAAUGAUAUUGAAGAAAUACAAAAGUUUCUUGAUGCUGCAGUUGAUUCAAGUUCUGAGGGUUUAAUUAUCAAAACAUUGAACAAAGAUGCUACUUACGAGCCUUCAAAGCGGUCACUUAACUGGCUGAAAUUGAAGAAAGAUUAUAUGGAGAGUAUUGGGGACUCACUAGACUUGGUGCCUAUUGCUGCUUUCCAUGGCCGGGGGAAACGUACAGGUGUCUAUGGUGCUUUCCUCCUUGCUUGUUAUGAUAGCAACAAUGAAGAGUUUCAAAGCAUUUGUAAAAUAGGCACUGGAUUCUCUGAAGCAAUGCUUGAAGAACGUUCUGCCAGUCUCCGUACUAAAGUGAUACCCAAACCUAAGUCAUACUAUCGUUAUGCAGAGACAAUGAAUCCUGAUGUAUGGUUUGAUGCCUCUGAGGUUUGGGAAGUGAAAGCUGCAGACUUGACUAUUAGCCCUGUUCAUCGCGCCGCAGUUGGCAUAGUGGAUCCUAAUAAGGGUAUUUCUCUUCGAUUUCCACGUCUUGUUCGUGUUCGGGAGGAUAAACCUCCAGAGCAAGCCUCAUCAUCUGCGCAGGUUGCUGAGAUGUAUUCUGCUCAAGCUAACACUCGUUCGAACAAUCAAGAUGACAACGAAGAUGAUUAA